AUGGGGGGUGGCAGUGGUUCCGUUGUUGUUGUCAACCGCGAUUCGGCCUCUGGUUGGGAAACUUUCAGGUUGUGGAGGAUUGAUGAAUCGUCUUUCAAUUUUAGAGUGUUCAACAAGCAGUUUGUGGGAUUGUCAAACCAAGACCAGGGAACCGGCCUAAUUGCAGUUUCAGAUUCACCUGGAAACACCGAAACAUUUCGGAUUGUAAGGAAUGAUGGUGAUCGAAAUCGAGUUCGCAUUCAAGCAUCCAAUGGUUUAUUUCUACAGGCAACAUCAGAGACACAAUUGACUGCAGAUUAUGGAGGCUCAGGUUGGGAAGAUGAUAAUCCAUCUGUCUUCAUAAUGACAAUAUUAAGUGACAAGACCUUAAGAGGUGAAUACCAAAUCACAAAUGGCUAUGGUCCAGAUAAGGCUCCUCAAGUCCUGCAGGAUCACUGGAACAGUUACAUCACCGAAGACGAUUUCAGGUUCUUAUCAUCGAACGGCUUGAAUGCGGUGAGGAUCCCAGUUGGAUGGUGGAUUGCAAAAGAUCCAACACCACCUAAGCCUUUUGUUGGAGGCUCCUUGCAAGCCCUGGACAAUGCUUUCACAUGGGCACAAAACAAUGGGCUGAAGGUAAUUGUAGAUCUUCAUGCAGUUGAAGGGUCCCAAAACGGCAAUGACCACAGUGCAACAAGAGAUGGCUACCAGGAAUGGGGAGAUUCCAACAUACAAGACACUGUGGCAGUCAUAGAUUUCUUAGCAUCAAGAUAUGCUAAUCAUCCAGCUCUUGCGGCAGUUGAGUUAAUGAAUGAGCCUAUGGCACCUGGCGUCAAUCUAGACAGCCUCAAAAAUUAUUACAAAGCUGGUUAUGAAGCUGUACGGAAGCACACUUCAAGCGCUUAUGUGAUCUUAUCAAACAGAUUGGGACCUGCAGAUGCAAAGGAGCUUCUCUCAUUUGCCGGAGGCCUCGAUCGCGUAGCCAUAGACGUGCAUUUCUAUAGCCUGUACUCGGACAUGUUCAACAGCUUCAGUGUGCAACAAAAUGUGGAUUUCAUCUACAACCAACGAGCUUCUGAUCUCGAUGCUGUGACCACUUCCAAUGGGCCCCUCACUUUUGUUGGAGAAUGGGUUGCAGAAUGGGCGAUAAAUGGAGCGUCAAUAGAAGACUACCAGAGAUUUGCAAAAGCCCAGAUAGAUGUUUAUGGGCGUGCCACUUUUGGAUGGGCAUAUUGGGCUUACAAGUGUAAAUACGAUCACUGGGGUCUUAGGUGGAUGAUCGAGAAUAACUACAUAAAACUCAAUUAG